UCUGCGUGGCACAGGGUGGUAGACUGGCAUGUCCAGAGGUCCCAUCCCAGGUCCAGCUCAGGUCCUCACCAUGUCCACCAUCUCCCCUGAAUCAAAUUCUGAAAUCUUUACGUACGAUGAGUCUAGUGAAGCCUGUUACACGGGGGACAUUGUGGCCUUUGGAACUGUCUACAUGUCCAUAGUCUACUCCGUGGUCUUCACCUUUGGCCUCGUGGGAAAUCUGCUGGUGGUAUGUGCCCUCACCAACAGCCAGAAGUCCAAGAGUAUCACCGACAUUUAUCUCCUGAACCUGGCCUUGUCCGAUCUGCUCUUUGUAGCCACCUUGCCCUUCUGGACUCACUAUUUGAUAAACGAACAAGGUUUUCACAACGCCGUGUGCAAACUCAUUACUGCCUUCUUCUUCAUUGGCUUUUUUGGAGGCAUCUUCUUCAUCACCAUCAUCAGCAUCGACAGAUACCUGGCCAUCGUCCUGGCUGCCAACUCCAUGAACAACCGAACCGUGCAACAUGGCGUCACCAUCAGCCUAGGCGUCUGGGCAGCAGCCAUCUUGGUGGCAGCACCUCAGUUCAUGUUCACAAAACAAAGUGAAAACGAGUGUCUAGGUAACUACCCUGAGGUCCUGCAGGACAUCUGGCCCGUGCUCCGCAACAUGGAAGUAAACUUCCUUGGCUUCCUGCUCCCCCUGCUCAUUAUGUGUUACUGUUACUUCAGAAUCAUGCGGACACUGUUCUCCUGCAAGAACCACAAGAAAUCCAAAGCCAUUAAACUGAUCCUUCUGGUGGUCAUUGUGUUUUUCCUCUUCUGGACCCCCUACAACAUUAUGAUUUUCUUAGAGACACUCAUUCUCUAUGACUUCUUUCCCAGCUGUGACAUGAAGAGGAAUGUGAGGUGGAUCCUUCAAGUGACUGAGACCAUCGCAUUUAUCCACUGUUGCCUCAAUCCUUUCAUCUACGCAUUUGCUGGAGAGAAGUUCAGACAUUACCUUUGCCACCUGUACAGGAAAUGCCUGACUGUCCUAUGCGGUCAGUCGGCCCAUGUCACUUUCUCCCUGUCGGAAACCCAAAGAAGCAGACAGGAAAGCAUCAUGAGCAGCAAUUUUACUCACUACACCAGUGAUGGGGAAGCAUCCAUCCUUCUCUGAGAGGAUCACCGAAGGCUCAUCCUGCAGAAACCUGAAGUUCUUGAGUCUGACACUGAAAAACGAGGACAGAUUUUUUUUGGCUUGUUUUUUACUUGCAAGAAAUGAUGAACCCAAAGCCCAACAAAACAGCCCUAAAGUGGUUUUGUGAAACAGGCUUAAAAUUUGAAUGAUUUGUGCGUCUCUUAUCGUUAAUAUUAGGACUUGUAUCGUUAACGAAUGACAAAAGUUCAACUCAGACUGACUUAGCUAAAAGGGGAGGUAAUGAGUAUUGUUCACAUCGUGGUUCAGACAAGUAGCCUGCUGAGUCCUCAGGGAGUGAAGGCUGUGGCUUACCUGUAGCUCAAAUUCCCUCUUGCCAUCAGAUCUGAGUGGUGAUGCGCUCCCACACUCAUUUGGAAACAUGUCUUUCUUCACCUCUAACUGUUACUUCCUUCACCUCUAACUCACAUAGGACAGCUUAAUCGUCAGAAAGGGACUGCAAUCCAUGCCUCUCUGGUCCCAAGGUCAGAAUUCCCAGAGUGGGGCUUUACUUGGUCAGGGUUAUAUCACACGCCCAUGCUUGGCCAGAUGGUGCUUUCUAUAGGGCAGGGAUAGGUAAGAUGCAGCCUCCACUCCAAAUUGUGGUUACAUAACAGGGUAGUCCCCAGGAAAAGGGGAGGGUCCAAGUUCCCUGCCCCACCCAAGGGAGGGUGGAGCUGAGCAGGGAGGAGGAGAAGCUGCAGAGGAGACUGGGGAAGGAAGGAAGCAGGAUGGAGCCAGAAGGAGACCUGGGGGAGGCACAUGGAGCCGAGAGACACUUGAAGAAACUACACUUGGCUUUUGGUCGUGGACUGGGUGGAACAGAUGUGGGUGAGAGACCCGUGGGGAGGUGACAAUGGCAGGUUUUGUCUUGAUUUUGAUUUUGCUCUUUUCCUCCCAGACUUGUCUGGUUGUUUCUGACCCUUUUCUGUGGGUCCCCACUGAAAGGUGCUUAGGAUGUGUGGCAGGUUUUUGGGCCUUGCUCUGGGCCAAUCCUGCUUGGGUAGACUUUUACCCACGAGGGGACGGGUAAAUUUGGAUGCUUGAUUUAGAAACUGUAUUCCUUGCCUUUCCUGUAUUGUUUACUAAUUGUAUUAAAGUUCCUUUUCAUUAAAGUCUCAUAUGUUUUCUGUUGAUGCAGCAGAUGACAGAACCUAUUUAGAGGAGGCAGGUUUGUGGGGUCUGGGGUACCCCUCUCCCUGCCCUGUAAUAGUUAGAGAUGAAGGAAGACAUGUUUCCAAGGAGCCGGCAGAGUGGGUGCAGUUUUGAUCAGAUAGAACGAGAGCUGCCCACCAACCCUGCCCUGUGUCUGGACCAGCCUCCCUGACCCCCAUGACGCUAGCCAGCAUACAAUACCAGCCUCCUCUUCAUUUACCCAUCUUCUACCUUGGCCCUAAACCUAAACUGUUCCCCACCGCCCACCUCAUCAAGUCCAGACUUAGGCCUCUGGGAUGCUCCCUCACACCCUCCCACCAUCACGACUCCCCUCUCCAAGGGUCUCCCCCACCUUCUCAGCCAUGUCUCUUCCAUCCAGCUCCCAGGUCCAGGGGAAGAAAUAGGAAGAGCCCUGGCUCAGAGUGAGAAGGGGUGGUUUCCAAUCCCAGGUCUGUUGCUUGCCUGGGGCCAACCAAGCUUCAGUUUCCUUUUCUGUAGAGUGGAGAUAACAGUACUUUCACAGAGGGGGCAUCCUUCCCAGCCUAAGGAACCAGCCACACACUCCUGCAUGGCACAGCCCUCUUGUCUGGUUCCAACUUCAGUUUGCUCCUCACCUGGCUCUGUGCCUCUGCUGUGACAGCUUGAAGGAGCUGCAGGCUCUACUACAUGAUGCAGCUCAGACACAGAGGAGGCUGGUUCCUACAUUGGCACUCAGUAAACACUCCUGGAUCUGUGGGUUGAUAGCCCCCUGACCCAGCCUACCCAGACUGCCUUACCAUUCCCUCCCAGUCAACUCCUGCCUGGACAGACCCAUCAGCUUCACACCACAGCCAGCCUGGAGACCCAGGGUCUUGUAGUAUUGGGAAAAUAUUUCGGAUGGUCUAAAACCUGAAAAAAUGUAAUAAUGCAUCCAUAAUCUAACCACACUGUUUUCAUUUGCCCACUGAGACCUUGUUCAGAGCGUCACGCUUAGAGUUACAAAUAUAAUGUACAAUUUUGUAAUCUACUUUUUUCUCUUAAUGUUAGGUUAUGAAUAACUGUUUUGUAAUGAUUAUUUUGGAAGACUCUGCCAAGUUGUAUACUCACUGAAAGCCUCUGACUCACUGUUGUUACAGAGAUCGCCUUGGCAUUGGUGUGUUUAUUUAAUGAAUGAGAGAAUGAAUCAUGUUCCAUGAAGAUCAUGUACCGAAAUUUACUCACUACUACUCUGUUGAUAAACAUUUCACUUGUUUCCAAUAUUUAGUAAAUACAUA